GAUGCCUCGUGCUCCAUAACCAACACCCACACACCGUGCUAGCCAGUCUACUCUAGAGCCCCCCACAAGGCACCACCACACACAGCACACACACACACACUCGCUUGGGGCUCGCUUCGCUCGUUGCCACCGCCCCUUUCCCCUCGUGGCCUCGUCGGACCGGACGGAAGAGCGCCCUCCCCACCGCCGCAGCAGCAGGAGGAGGAGGAGGAGCGGAGGAGCAUGCGGGCGGGUUUUCACCGCGGCCUGAGAAGGAGAAGGAGGACCUGCGCCGCGCCCGCGCGCAUCGCGACGAGCCGCUCCCCGCUGGCACCCACGCCAAAAGGCGAAGAUUCUCGGCCGAGCCCCCGUCCCCUCCACCACUCCCCGUUGUAGCCGGUAGGAGGAGGUAGCCACCCCAGAUCUGCUCGCCUCCGCUCCGCGCCCGCCCGUUGGCUCCCCUUCUAGAUUCGCCCCAACCGCCGCUAUGCGGUUGCCGUUGCCGCCGCCGCUGCUGUGACUGGGCUCUUCUGCUCUGAGGAGAGGGAGGGAAUAAAAAGCGGUUCUUGCGGGCGGCAGGCAGCCGGCUGCCCCCCGGUCGGUCGGGUCGCCAUGGGGUGCGGCCAGUCCAAGAUGGAGGAGGAGUACGCCGUGCGCCACUGCCGGGAGCGCUCCGAGCUCCUGGCGCUGGCCAUCCGCCAGCGCUACAUGCUCGCCGACGCGCACCACGCCUACGCCGAGUCGCUGCGCUCCGUCGGCGCCCUGCUGCACGACUUCCUCCGCGGGGUCCAGUCGCUGCCGCCGCCGCCGCCCGAGCCCGCGCUCCGCCUCCCGCAGCAGCGGAAGGGCGACGGCCUCCCCGCCGCGUCGCCGCCGCCCGCAAUCGCGUCCUCCUCCUCCACCGCCGGGGCGCCUGUCGCCAAGCAGGUCCGCAUCGCCCCCGACGACGGCCAUAUCCACUUCUCCGACGACGACUCCGAUUCCGAGGGCGGGCACAUCAAGUUCCACGACGACGAGGAGCCCGACCCGGCUCGCCGCCGCCCGGAGGUCGUCCGCUCCGCCGGGGAGCCUGGUCCACCGCCGCCGGAGAUGGGACCACCGCCCUAUGCCUCCGGGUAUGCUCCGCCGCCGUAUGGCCCUGGAUAUGGCUACGGGUACGCCAAUGGGCCUGGUCCGGGUCCGGGUCCUGGUCCUGAUUAUGGGGGUAUUGGCAUGAACGGCGGCGCUGGCGCUUAUGAACCAGGCUAUGGUGUCAUGGGCAGCGGCGGCGGUUACGGCCAAAGCUUUGGUGGUGGCCCUGGCUAUGCUGACCAGGGCUACGGUGGCAUGGGCAGUGGUGGCGGCGCUGGCGGCUAUGACCAAAGCUAUGGUGGCAUAGGUGGAUAUGGCCAGAGCUUCUUUAACAUCAACUACGCCCGCAGUCAGCCACCUCCACCGUCAGUCUCGCACGAGCACCGCCUGCAGGCCACUAACGCCAGGGUCCACUACUAUUCCGGCAAUGGCGAGCAGCAGCCACCCCCGCGUGGCUACGGUGGUGGGUACUACCCACCGCAGAGCUCGAGCUCAUACAAUCAGUAUGCCUACGGUGGUUACUAUGGAGGUGGUUCUGCUCCUGCACCACCAGCAGACAUCCCUUCCUCCUCCCGGGAGCCAGCCGCACCACCACCACCUCCAUCUCCGCCCAGGGUGUCCACCUGGGACUUCCUGAACCCGUUUGAAACUUAUGAGAGCUACUACGAGCAACCAACUGCUACAGCAGCUCCAUACUCUCCCAGCAGGAGUUCAAAGGAUGUGCGCGAGGAAGAAGGGAUUCCAGACUUGGAGGACGAAGACAUGGAGGUAGUCAAGGAAGCUUAUGGUGAUGAGAAGCACCCUGUGAAGGGUUACAUGGGGAACGGGAAGGCGGCCAAGGAAGAGGGUAGGAGCAGUACGGGAGAUGAACUGCCCCGCAAGUCCAAGGCGUCUGAGGCCAGCAGUAGUGGGAGCAGCUUGGAGCAUGACGUGCAUGUAGUGGAGAAGAGUGUUGUCGGUGAACAAGUUCAACACUCAGAAUCACGGCAGCAUGUUGCCGGUUUACCACCCACAGGAUCAGAGAAGAUAUACAUUGAUGACGCUGAGGUGGUGGUGGAGAUCAAGACUCAAUUCGACCGUGCCUCUCAAUCAGCCGGUGAGGUAUCCAAGAUGCUUGAGGUUGGAAAGAUGCCUUACUACCAGAAGAGUUCAGGUUUCAAAGUCUCAAUGAUGGUUUGUGGUAUACCGACAAUGGAGGAGGAGUUUCUGCGUUUUGAAGAGGACAAGGCGAUGGGAUCUGGCAACCUCUCCUCAACACUACAGAAGUUGUACAUGUGGGAGAAGAAGCUUCUUGAGGAAGUUAAGACUGAGGAGAGGAUGCGGGUACUGUAUGACAGAAAACGUGAGGAGCUGAAAAUGUUAGAUGAGAAAGGUGCAGAAGCUCAUAAGCUUGAGGCCACUGAACUUUACAUCAGGAAGCUAUCAACUAAGAUUAGCAUAGCUAUCCAGGUUGUAAACACUAUUUCAGAAAAGAUUAGUAAGUUGAGGGAUGAAGAGUUGUGGCCACAAACAUGUGAGCUGAUUCAAGGGUUGAUGAAGAUGUGGAGCGUUAUGCUAGAAUGUCAUCAGAUACAAUUGCAUGCCAUAUCCCAAGCUAAAAACAUAGACUCCAUGAUAGACACUGCAAAGUUUGGUGAGAAACAUAUGGACUUGAUCAAGCAGUUAGAGCUUCAGCUAUUGGAUUGGAUUGCUUGUUUUGUUGCAUGGGUUAGCGCUCAAAAGAGUUAUGUUAAAACUUUAAAUCAGUGGCUGAGAAAUGGUGUUAUCUACGUUCCUGAGGAAACUGAGGAUGGGGCGCCUCCUUUUUCUCCUGGAAGAUUAGGAGGGCCACCGAUUUUCGUCAUAUGUAAUAAUUGGGCUGCCAGUGUGGACAGGAUAUCUGAGAAAGAAGUAGUCGAGGCAAUGCAGGCCUUUGCAUCCAACAUACUGAACCUCUGGGAGAGGCACAGGUCAGAGCAAAAACAGGGUCUGAUGGCGAAUAAAGGUAUGGACAGGGAUCUUAGGGUGAUGGAAAGAGAUGAACAAUCAAUGCGCAAGGCUCUGGAAGAACAAAAUAAGAAGCUUGUGCUCAUUUCAAACCAGGGCAGUGUAUCCUUGUCUGCACAAGUGUUACAUGAGCGAGGCCCUGGUGCUGAAGUUGGCAGUUUACAAACAAGUCUGAGAAAUAUUUUUGAAGCAAUGGAGAACUUCACUUCUGCAUCUGCAAAUACAUACAAGGAGCUACAUCUUCGCGCCGAAGAAGAGAAAGCCCGAGUUGCACAGGAGAGUGGCAGUGUUUCCUAGUUCCUACUAAUGCUUACAUGAGGACAUGAGCAUUUGUCAAUGCAAAGGGACUGGCGCCAGUGGUUCCUAGGGUACAGUGGCACAACCCUAGUGGCAGCUGAUGCACCUUGCUCGCAGGCGCCCCAAGAUUUUGGGUUUCAGGCUCUGGUGUAAAGGCCUGUGGUACUUGGUGAAGUUAACAGGUUGCGACAUGAGGAUCUUAUUGAUCUGUACAUGAAUUGGGCAACACACUACACCCUUUGAUCUGGAGGACCAGCCAUUCUCCUCAAGCCGUAAUUGGGAAGCACAGUUAUGAAAAUAGGUAAUCACCAAACAUAUUCUGGUAAUUGGGAGACCCCUGAAGCGACAGAGUGAAGAGACCCCUGAAGCGACAGAGUGAAGAGGCAGGCCCUUGUGGAUCUGAGAAGGUCAAUUACAGUCUCUAGUUGACUGGGAAAUCCCAGAAGAUAGUUGGAAGAUGUAAGCUGCAUGGUCAUAAAAAAUCCAAGAUUCAUGGAACGCUCCACAUCCCAUGUCAACAUACACAGAAGAGACCAGGCUAUCAGAUUUAUCAAAAGGUGUUCCAUGACCGCAGCAUUUUGGCAUUGUCAAUGUACAUUGUACAGAGAGGUGAUGCGGGAUGAAUCGAGCUGGAGCCUUUUGUGUCCGCUGCCGAGAGCCCCAGACAGACAUGUUGCUUUGAGCUUCCUGUGCAGUGUUUGGACUGCGGCUUCGCCGUGCAACCGCACCGGAAGUACUCUUGUAGGGUUUUUACCAGAGAUUGAUGAGCUUGUAGGGUAGAGACGCCCUGACCCGUUCUGCAGAUCAGCUAACCAACCGCUCCGGCCAUCGUCGACUUUUUUGUUUUUGGUUUUGUUUAUUUAUUAUACAUAUUAUUAAUUCAUUUGUAGCACCACCCCGUGUACAGCUGCUGGCUAACUUAUUAAAACCUGCUGUGCCAUAUUUUAUUCA